AUGUGUUUCGGCGUGGUCACCGAGUGCAAAUCUGGUUUUCUCCGCACAAAGUGUGUCCACGGCGAGGUCUUCCACAUCAAGCGCGAGCAGAGCGGCGCCAGGGCGAAAGGAUCACGCCAGCUGGUCAAGGGUACCCGGAUCAGUUUUACGCUCGCCCAUACGGCGCACAACGGGCACUUUCGCCCCGCCCGCAAGGCACGGCGGAUGAUUGAUGACGGACAGGGUGGGAUCAUUUCGGAGAGAGGCACCCCGGCGGCAGCCACGCCUCCGUUUGCUGCGCUGACCGAAGCGGGCAGUGUCCUCCGUGCUGCGUUGGACGACAUCAUGGGUCGCGCCGCCGCGAUGGACGACUACGUAGCUCGUCGGGAAACGGAGCUGCGGCAGAUGGAGGUGGAGGCGGCGAACGAGGUGCGCCGCACCCGCAAAGCCGCUGAGACUUGGGCCGCCGAUUUCAAGCGGCGCGCCGAAGAAGAAGUGGCCAGGUCGGCCGAAGCCGCAGCAAUGCAGGCUGCUGCCAGUGCCGACGCCAAGAACAUCGAGAACGAGCGUGCGGUGUGGGAAGCCGAGAAGCAGAGCAUUGCAGAGAUCCAGAAGUUUGACUCGGACGUCGUGACGAUCAACGUCGGCGGCCAGGUUUUCUCCACAUAUCUUUCGACCAUCACUACUGGCGCGGCAGCAGAUUCAAUGCUUGCCGUCCUCUUCUCCGGGCGGCAUUCUGUUGCAACAGACAGUGAGGGUCGCAUGUUUCUCGACCAGGAUCCCGUCCUUUUUGCCGAUCUGCUGACCUUCUUCCGCUCGCCACUCUCGUUCUCGCUCCCGGACGACAGGCGAACGGCGAUCCGACUUCUCUUUCUUGCUCACGAGUAUCAAGUCACCGCUCUUUUUGACAGGUUUGCGUGGAGCGAGACCAAGUCCGCACGGCUGGCAAGCCAACAGCUGACGCUGGACCCGAGCCCGAGCGGGACCCACGCCAAGGACGACGCAUCGCCGGUGACCAUUGCCGACUACGCGGCGCAAGUGGUUGUCACCGUCGCGCUGCGGAAGAGCGGCUCGGCGCUACCUAUCAUGGGUGAGGAGAACGCCGACGAUCUCCGCGGAGCCCAUGCCGAUCUUGUCCCGCGCAUCCGCGCCGUCGCCAACGCGGUCCUUGAGCCUGCGCUUGGCGCCGGUCUCGCCGACGACGCCGAGGUGCUUGCGGUGCUUGACGAGGCCGACGCCGCUGGCGGGCCGGACGCUGUCUUCUGGGUCCUCGACCCCAUUGAUGGCUCCAAGGGCUUCCUCCGCGGAGAUCAGUACGCGGUCUGCCUCGCUCUCGUCGAUGCUGGCGAGGUCGUCGCCGCCGCCGUCGGCACGCCGCACCUCCCCUGCCGCCACGCGCCCUCGGUGGGUGCGGUCUACGCCGCCGCUGUAGGCGUCGACGGCGCAUGGGAGCUUCCGCUCGACGUCGAGGCUGCCGCCGCUGCAGGCUUGGCCUCGCCGUUUGCCGGUGAGCUCGGCUUCCGCGUGGCUGCCGACAGCGGGCUGGCCGACGCCAGCGACGCCGUUGCCGCCGAGUCGUUUGAGGCGAGCCACACCAACCACGAGUGGUCGGCGGCAUUGCUGGCUCGACUGGACAAUGCCACGCCGCCGAUCCGGAUGGACUCGCAGGCCAAGUACGUCCUCGUCGCCCGCGGUGACGCCGGUGUCUACAUCCGCCGCGUGCCCGGUUACGCUGAGAAGCUCUGGGAUCACGCCUCGGGCGAAUUGCUCGUCACUGCUGCAGGCGGCAUUGUCACCGAUCUCCACGGCAAGCCGCUCGACUGGACCCGCGGCCAGCGAUUGUCUGAGAACCACGGCGUCCUAGCCUCUGCACCAGGCGUCCACGCCGCCUACAUCGAUGCCUGCCGCACCCUCGAUCCGUCGCCGUAG